UCCAGAUCCCCUUCCCCGGAGCCGUCGCCGGACGCACCGCCAUGAUGGACAUAAACAUGACACGUCCGGACAACGCCACCAUCAUGAUGCUAAAGGACCCCGUGAUCGCGGCCGUGCUGCCGGCGGUGUAUUCCCUGGUGGCCCUGGUCAGCAUCCCCGGCAACCUGUUCUCGCUGUGGGUGCUGUGCCGCCACAUCGGGCCGGCGUCCCCGUCGGUCAUCUUCAUGAUCAACCUGAGCGUCACGGACCUGACGCUGGCCAGCGUGCUGCCCUUCCAGAUCUACUACCACUGCAACGGCCACCACUGGGUGUUCGGCGAGUGGCUGUGCAACGCGGUGACGGUGGCCUUCUACGCCAACAUGUAUUCCUCCAUCCUCACCAUGACCUGCAUCAGCGUGGACCGCUUCCUGGGCGUGGUGUACCCGCUGGCCUCCGCCCGCUGGCGGCGUCGCCGCUACGCGGUGGCCACCUGCGCGGCCAUUUGGCUGCUGCUGCUGGGCGCCCUGUCGCCGCUGGCGCGCACGGACCUCACCUACGCCGUGGAGGAGCUGGGCAUCGUCACCUGCUUCGACGUGCUCAAGUCCACCAUGCUGCCCAGCGUGGCCAUGUGGGCCAUGUUCCUGUUCACGCUCUUCAUCGUGCUGUUCCUCAUCCCCUUCGUGGUCACCGUGGCCUGCUACACGGCCACCAUCCUGAAGCUGCUGCGCACGCCCGACCCCCAAGGCCACGGCCAGCGCCGGCGGGCCGUCUGCCUGGCCACCGUGGUGCUGCUGGCCUUCGUCACCUGCUUCGCGCCCAACAACUUCGUGCUGCUGGCGCACAUGGUGGCCCGGCUCUUCCUGGGCCGCAGCUAUUACCACGUGUACAAGCUCACGCUCUGCCUCAGCUGCCUCAACAACUGCCUCGACCCCUUCGUCUACUAUUUCGCCUCCCGCGAGUUCCAGCUCCGGCUGCGGGGCUACCUGGGCUCGGGGACGCCCGCCGCCCGCAGCCUGCGCGCCCGCAGGGAGAGCCUGUUGUCCGCGGGGAGGCUGCUGGCGCCCUCCGUGUCCAGCGGCCACGUGGACGGGCCGGAGCCGGCCGCCCGGCCCUGCCUCAAGAGACAGGAGAGCGUGUUCUGAGCUGCGCGAUCCAGGUGCACAGCUGGGGGGCGGCGGUCACAGCCCUCCCGUGCUUCCCGCCGCCGCCGCCGCUGCUGCUGCUAU